CCGCAUCGCACCGAAUGCUAUGUUAUGAGCUUCCCCAGGAAAUCUACUAUUUUUCUCUAGCUGAACCUCCUUUCCUCUUGUUGGCCGUGAAGUAACAUUUGAUCGUUCCGCUCCCCUUGAUUGAGAAUGUCCUACUCAAAGCGCAUUGAUCAGAUCGCCGGCCACCUCAACUACCCCAAGGGUAUGUUGGCGGGCCAGACUGCGAUUAUUACAGGUUCGGGGCAGGGAAUUGGCGCGGAGACUGCGAGGUUGUUUGCGAACGAGGGGGCCAAGGUUGUGGUUGCGGAUGUGGAUGCAAAGAAAGCACAAGACGUAGCCAACCAGAUCAACGAGUCCGGCGGCAGCGCUAUCGCGGUCGUAGGCGACGUCCUCGACGACAAGUACAUCACCGAGCUCAUCAAGAAGGCGGCGGACUUCGGCGGCGGCAGGAUCCACAUCAUCGUCAACAACGCGGGCUACACAUGGGACGGCGUGAUUCACAAGAUGACGGACAAGCAAUGGCACACCAUUGUCAACCUCCACGGCACCGCGCCGUUCAAGAUUGUGCGUGCUGCGGCGCCAUACUUUAGGGUCAAGGACGGUGAGCCCAGGUGUAUUAUCAAUAUCUCGAGCACAUCCGGUCUGCAUGGGAACGCGGGGCAGAUCAAUUAUUCGCUCGCGAAGGCGGGUGUUACCGGUUUGACGAAGACGAUUGCGAAGGAGUGGGGUCCGCAGUUCGGUGUCCGCUCGAACACGGUCGCGUUCGGUCAUAUCCUCACUCGAUUGACGGCGGCGAAGGAGGCUGGCGCUUUCGUGACAACUCCGGACGGGGAGAAGGUCGCGCUCGGUAUACCGCAGGCUCAGAAGGCGGGUGCAGCUGGUGCAGGAGAGCAGCACCUAGACAUCCCGCUGCGGAGACCAGGCACAGCGACGGAGGCAGCGAGCGCGGUAUUGGCGGUAGCUAGCCCGCUGUUCAGCUAUGUCAAUGGACAGACCAUUAGCGUGACCGGCGGUCGGAAUAUGUAGACGGAGGUAGUAUGCGGUCAAGUUGAGGUCGAAAAGAAUGUGAAGCGAUCUAUUUCAGUAUCUGUAUAUACUUAGCAACAUCUUUGCAAUGUUAAACACGUAUGC